GUAGUGUAGUGUGGACGAGCACGAACGUCCGACGGUGUGUGUGUUGUCGUCGCCGCUGUGGUGAACUUUGUGGCAAGACGCGUCUCUGCUCACGCUGCCGCUGCUGCCCCCCCAACACCCGGCUGGGCAUUCUCUUGACGACCUGCCGCGCGGAAUACUGAGCAGGCGCUGUAGCAGGACCAACAAAAAGAAACCCAUGACGUGUUUGUGUCUCUAAGCUUGUUAAAAAAAAGAUACAAUUCUCUCGGUUCUGUCUAGUAAAGACUAUUUGUUUAGUCGUUGUGCAGUGGAUAAAGAUGGAUACGUCCAGUGGCUAGGGCUUGGUAGACAGACACUGCUGUGGCCCAUGUUGUCCGGCUACCUGAGGACGACGCUGAAGGUGGUGUGACCAGUGUUGGCUCUCCGACGACCCAGGACUCAGGCAUGACACAAAACACAAGGUGAUAAUUUUACUGCGGGGGCAUUCACACUCCCCACCAUCAGGAGGUCAUAUACUAUACUCAGACGCUGAAGGAGACGCUGACGAAGUACAACCAGGAAAGGAAAGGUGAAAAACACACUGAAAGACCCGAGGGCAAACUUCGGCUCCGUCAACAUGGAUGUCUUCAAGAUCGACCAGAGUCUGGGGAAUUUAGGUUCAGGCGUUGCCGAGGUUAAGGUCACGAAUCCUGAGGUCACUUUCGACACCAACACAGACUUUAACCUCUCGUUCUUUGACGCCUCGACGUCUCCAUCUCCCGUAGUCAUCAAGAAGGAGGAGUUCGAUGAGCGGACAUUCGAUUCAGUGGCUCCCGACUCCCUCUUCUCUCCGUCGGCUGAGUACUCGCCCUUCACCACCGAGGAGUCCAAGUACACAUCUUUCUCAGACACGGCGCAGCCCUACGCCCAGGACUCUACCAGUAGCCUCAGCCCGGCCUCCACGCCCACCCUCAUCUCCCCUCUGCCCUCGCCCUCACCCGGCCUCAUGCACGCCCACAACACCACCACACAGCUACUCAAGGCACCCAUCGUUAUAAAGACAGAACAGAGUUACCAGGCAGCGGAUAGCACGCCCACACCCACCACAGCCACGCCCACCAACAAGAACUUUGUCCCGUGUAAAGUAUGUGGUGACAAGGCCUCAGGGUACCACUACGGCGUCACGUCUUGCGAGGGGUGUAAGGGGUUCUUCCGGCGGAGUAUUCAGAAACAGAUCGAGUACAGAUGCCUAAGGGACGGAAAGUGUUUGGUGAUCAGACUGAAUAGGAACAGGUGUCAGUACUGUCGAUUCAAGAAGUGUUUGGCUGUCGGCAUGUCCAGAGAUUCUGUACGGUAUGGUCGAGUUCCGAAACGGUCUCGAGAACGAGAGGGAGAUGGACGGGGCGAGGGAUCUGAGGUGGUGUCGAGGGAGGUGGAGAACAAACAGCUCGCCAUUUACGACAUCAUACUCACCAUCUCACAGGCUCACCACGCCAACUGCGCCUUUACUGAGGAGAAAACUCGAGCACUUGUCAGGAAACCCAUAAUUUUUAAUACGUCCGAGGUGACCAGUGACCCUGAGGCGGCCUCCUCAACUAUGGAUGCGUUGGAGCAGCAGAAGAUCAGUAUGUGGCAGACCUUCGCUGUGUUCAUGACACCUUCAAUACAACGCGUCGUCGAGUUUGCUAAGAGAGUUCCAGGAUUCUCGGAGCUGUCGCAGGAUGACCAACUAAUCCUGAUCAAGGUGGGAUUCCUGGAGCUUUGGCUGACCCACGUGAGCAGGAUGGUCAGCUCCUUAGACAACACCCUGACCUUCAGCGAUGGCUCCUACGUCACCAGGACACAGAUGGAGAUGAUGUUCGAUCAAGACUUCGUGUCCACUAUAUUCAACUUCGCGCUGACAUUUAACAACCUAAACCUCAACGACACGGAGCUGGCACUCUUCACGGCGGUGGUGCUACUGACGGCUGACAGACCGGGUAUUACCGACAGCAAGGUCAUUGAACAGCAGCAAGAUAAGAUAAUUGAAGCUCUCAGGGUUCAGGUGGGACGAAACCACGCCAGCGAGACUCACCUCUUCCCCAAUGUGGUGAUGAAGAUGCCAGAGCUGCGACAGAUUGGCGCCAAACACCACGAACACCUCAACUGGUUCCGCUCAAACUGGUCCAGACUUAAGCUGCCGCCGCUCUUUGCUGAAAUCUUCGACAUUCCCAAGUGUGAAGAGGAUCUUUUAUGAGCAGUGUAUAGUAGGAGAGUAAAUUAUUCGCGGUAGUGUGACAGACCCCCAUUCCGGUGGACCAAGUGUGUGGACCCCCAGCCUCAUCUUAGCUAUGCUCACAGCCACCGCCAAGCACUACAGUCGCCACUCAGUCAGCAGCUGCCUCUCACAAG